UGGGCCUCAGUCUGGCUCUGGCGCCGCCUCGUGGUCGGUCUGAUUCCGCUCUACGCCAGAGAUUCAGAGCGCUGAGAACCGGAAGGCGGUCAGUGCAGCUGCUCGGUAGUCGCUCUGUUUGUUUGCGGGGAUCCGGGUCACAGCGCUUCUACAGCGGGGAGCGGAGCUCCUCCCUCUGGCUGAAAUGUCGAAGAUGGAGUUGCUGAACUCCUAUCUGACCGAUCGGCUCUCCGUCGCUGUGCGGGAGAUUCUGGAGGCGGUGGAAGCCACAGUGACGGAGUACCGCAAGGAGAGCGAGCAGACCCGCAUCGAGAACCACGAACUCCGGGAGCAGCUGAGGGACGCGCUGGGCAGGGCCGAGGCAGCAGAGCGGGCUACAGCAGAAGCAACCCACAGUGCUUUUAAGUCUGUCUCAGAAGAAAUUUCUUCCUGUGAGCCACAGAUCUGGAACUCCUGCCUGGAGAAGCAAGAAGAACUGCAAGAGGAGCAGAAGGACCAGAAUCAAGACGGGGAUUGGAGUAAUAGUUUAGUUACUAAUGAGGAGAAACCACACACACUGGAAACAGCAUACACCUGCAAAACAGAAAGAGAUUCUUUAAAAGAGGGAUCUCACGCAGAGUCACUAACCUCUGCAGCCACUCAAGAGCACCAAUCUGAGCAGGACUUAGAUGUGUCCUUGCCUGCUGUUAAACUGCACAGAGUAAAGAUUGAACCGGAGGAGACAGAGAUUCCACUGACUUUACCUGACACUGAUGAUCCUUUACACCUGGUGCAUUCCUUCAGUCCUGAAACCUCUCAGAGGACCCUCAGUCCCAGCAGAGUCUGUCACAAUGCCCCUCUCUCAGAUGCCCACAUGGCUGAAAUAGAAGAGCACAUCAUGGCUCAUCCAGUACCAUCAGGUGUUUCAGAGAACAUAACAAAUAAAGUCCAAGGAAAUGCACCUUAUAAGUGCCCACAUUGCAUAAACACAUUCAGUGAUCUAAAAACGCUACAGAUCCACCAGCAAGCUCAUGAACAAGCUUUCGGCUGCACCUGGUGCAAAAAGGGCUUUUACAACUCAUCAGACCUCCAGCGGCACAUGCGCACACACACAGGUGAACGGCCGUUCGGCUGUACCUGGUGCUCCAAGGGCUUUUUUAAGACAGAGGAACUCAGGCGGCACCUGCGCACGCACACGGGUGAGCGACCGUACUGCUGCACCUUGUGCUCCAAAAGCUUCACCCAGAGGGGCAACCUGUGGAGGCACAUGCGCAUCCACACUAGAGAGAAGACCUACCAGGGUGCAUACUGGUCACGGAGCUUCAGUGAUGGCCAAACGCUAAAAAAACACCAGCGCAAACAUUUGUAAGAGUACUACUGCUGCUUUCUCUGUGAAAGACUAGAGUUUCACCUUUUUUCAUUGAUCAAAUAAAGAUAAUAAAGUGAAUGGCAAAGUUGUUUAUACAUUUAUAAACAGCGUGGGCUGGUACCAGACAUACUGAAAGACUAAUUUGUAAUCCUUCUUGUGUAUCACUUCUUAUAAUAAUAUAUAGCUGCUGUAAUCUGAAUAAUAAACUUAGCUUGGUAGGCUACAAUCCCUUCUAGGCAAUUAGCUCAGAGUAGCUUAUCUACCCCAGCUAUCAAAUUAGUGCCCAUUCCACCAGUAGAAAGUCUAUCCAUUUUAUCUUCCAGCUUUUGACUGCAGCUUUUAAUUCCAAGUCUCAUUCUGUGUUCUGCAGGGUACUCUUCUUGGUUUGCUAGAAUCCUUUCCAUAAGUCAAACAAAGAUUACAGAUAUAAUCCCAAAUGCCCUCAAUUGUAAUAAUGGAGUCACACUUUAUUCACACAGUGUUUUUUAAUAUAUAUACAGGUUUAUUUACAUUUACUGGCAUUUCUCUUUCAGUAAAAUUACUAAGGUUGUGCCAAUAUAUUGUACGGUGGGUUUAUAAUGCAGUUAUCAUGACACCUACCAAAGCUUACAAAAGUUUGAAAACCGUAACUGAUAUAAAAAUCUGAGCAGGUCUCACACUUAACGUGAGGUCUCAAAUAUCUGAACAGAUCACACAUUAAAAACAGUCCCCUACACUAGUGAUGAAAUUAAUGACUAUAAAUAAAUACAUUUAUUUAAGUGAAAAUAAAAUUUUAAUUAAAUAAAUUGAGAAUUAGCAUAAUUUUCUAUGUAGCUGAAACAUAAAAUAAAAUAAAAAAAGUUUAAUGUU